AUGAGUGGCAGAGAUGAUUCUAUAUCUGUAGGUAUAUUGUGGAAGUCUUCAGUUGUUGUUGUUGCUCGUGGUAGAAUUUUGCAUACUAACACUGCUUCAACAAGGGUGCACAUAUGGACAGAGAUGGGAUUGUCCUAUGAAGAGGAGGAGGAGGAGGAGGAGGAUUCUAAAAUGCAGACUCUCAAGGACAUAGAAACAUCCUUGUGCACAGAGGAUGGUCACAAAAAAGUAAUGACAUUGUGUAACACUGAAGAAAUCAAAAUUCACAGCAAUGGAAAUAUGUCUGACAAAUCUGAGGAUGCAGAAUUUGGGAUCACUAAUGAAAUUCAAGAAGCAGAAAAGAAGCUUACUUAUUUAGGAGAACAUAUUUCUUUUGUGAAAGAUAAACUGAAUUUAUUUCAAGAGAAAGGUGAACUGACAGAGAUAGAACAAAAACAAGUAGAUAAAUAUAAGGAUGAAAUUAAAAACAAACUUAAUGAAUUACACAACACAUCAAAAAGGCUUCAAGCUCUAGUUGGUGUCUCAAAUACAGAUCUUAAACAUCUAAUUAAUUCAGAUGAAGAACAGGCAGAAUUUGAAGGAGAUGAUAGAAAUGUGAAUAAUGAGAUGAUAAGUAUUAAAUCAUCAGUCUCUGAGACCCCUGUAAACUUGGAGCCAUCUUUUAAUAGUGACAACAAUGAAAUAGAUGAAAUUUCUUCAAGUCUGAAUCAUCCGGAUAUUUUGGAAAAUGAAGUAAGUAAGACACUAGAGACUAUAUCAGAAGAGGAAGUAGUCAGUGAAGGCUUUCGAGAAUGGAUCGCUGUAAACACUGUGAUUCCAGAAUUGAAGCAUCAGAUAAAGGAUACAAAAAGAGCAAACAACUUCUUUUCAAAUGAAGAAUUGUUUCCAAAAGUUGUUAUAUGUGGUUCAGAAGGUGGUGAUCCCAAGAUAAUCUUUUGUGACCAAACUAACUCUACAAGUGACUUUCCUGUGAUUGUGACACAGUUACCAUAUUUUCUCCAUAAGAUUUUGUCUAUGAAAGAAAAAUCUUUGAUGGAGAUUGAAAACCUACAAAAUAAGAGGUAAGGUUCAGUCAGUUUCAGUAGAUGCGUCGAGAG